AUGCAACUCAGCUGUAUUAAAAAAUUCAAGGCAAAGUGUGAGUUGAUCUUCGAUGGACCUUUGAAAAGCAAAUCUGAGGAAGAAAAGGUCAAAUAUCUCCUCCUGUGGUCAGGCGACGAUGGGAUAGAAACCGUUUCGACAUGGAACCUCACGAACGAGGAAAAGAAAAAACUCGACACUUACUGGACGAAAUUUGAGGAAUUCAUCGCUCCUAAAAGUAAUUUCAGGCUUUCCCGGUUUAAAUUAAGAACAAUGAGACAAGAAGACGACGAGUCAGUCGACAAGUUCAUGAAGAGACUUCGGGUUCUCAUUCAAGAGUGCAAGUUCACAAGCCCUGAUGAGCACUUGAUUGAUGCACUGAUCUUUGGAACAAACUCGGACCAGGUACGGUCAGGACUACUAAAACAAGCUUCUGACCUCACCAUAAAUAAAGCAAUGGACAUUGCGAGGACUGAGGAAGCCACCAAAAAGCAGAUUCAAGGCAUGAAUUCACCGGAUAACAGUGAACAGAUCCACUCACUCUCCAAGAAACCAAACAAACAUGGUGGACAAGGCAUGUCAACCCCAUCAAACCAGAAAUGUGGGAACUGUGGUUUGGCCCAUGAUCUCUCAAAGCGUCAGAACUGCCCCGCGUAUAACACAAAGUGUAAUGGUUGUAAUAAAUUACACCGCUGGCAGCGUGCAUGCAGGUCUAAAUCCACUCCAAAUGCACCUCCAAGACCCGACAAAUGGACAAGCAAGUCAGCAUCUAAAAGUAAGCGGCAGCAAUUACACUUAAUGGAAAAGGCUGGCCCUGAACCUCAUGAAGAGCACUUAUACUUUCACUCACUUAAUGUUGAUGUGAUGUCAUCCAGAAUGGAAUUGGUGACAGUAAAAAUUAACACGAAGCCUGUCGUUGUUAAAGUUGACACUGGAGCAGAAAAGUCAUUCCCGAUGACAAAAACCCCAAGAAAGGAACCAGAUGGUAACAAUGCUAAAGAGGAACUGGUUAGUGAUUACAAGGAUUGCUUUGAUGGCAUUGGCUGCUUCGAAGGCAAAUACCACAUAACGCUAGACGAAACUGUACCACCAGCUAUACACCCACCCCGUCGCGUACAAGAGGCUUUACGCGAGCCUUUUAAAGCGGAGUUAGAUUCUCUAUGCGAGAAAGUAAUUAAAGAGAAAGUGGACACACCCACAGACUGGGUUAACUCAUUUGUGUGCGUCACUAAGUCAAAUGGCUCGAUACGCCUGUGCCUGGAUUCCAAGGAUUUAAAUAAGGCGAUAAGAAGGCCUCACUACUGUACACCAACCCUAGAUGAUGAUGUGUUCCAGAAGAAGGUGGAAGAGACUUUUGGUGACCUUACGGGAGUCACAGGUAUCGCUGAUGAUAUUGUUGUCGUUGGAUUUAAAGACGAUGGCAGUGAUCAUGAUGAAAAUCUGAGUGCUGUGAUCGAACGGGCUCAAGCAACUGGGAUCAAGUUUAACCCAGAUUCAUGUCGUGUCAAGUGUACGAGUAUUCCAUUCUAUGGCCAUAUUCUAAAUGCAAAUGGCCUGGAAGUGGAUCCUGGAAAGAUAGAGGCAAUAACGGCUAUGGAUCCUUCUACUUCAGUCCAGGAUUUACAGUCAUUUCUAGGAGCUGUACAGUACCUAAGCAGAUUCAUACCUAAUCUCGCAUCAUCGUCAGCACCAUUACCGGAUCUUACUAAAUCGGGCAGUGAGUUUGUCUGGUCCCCAGAACACCAGACCAGUGUCAACAGCAUUAAGCAGGCAAUUGCGGCACCUGCAGCACUGAAGUAUUUCAGUGGCAAGCAGCCAGUGACGAUCCAGGUUGACGCUUCUGCAGCGCGGCCACGGAGCAGUACUAUUUCAGGACGAGGGACCUGUUGCGUUUGGCAGCAAACUCCUCACGGAGACGGAACGUCGCUACUCGAACAUUGA